AUGGAUUCCAGUUUCAGCAAGAACAGCAUGAGCUCCAGUAAAGGCGUGAUCGAUGGAAAGCGCUUUCACCUACUCUUCUGCGACUUCUCUUUUCCUGACUUCACGUUUAGGGGGCACAUACCUAAAGAAAUUGGAAAUGUGGAGAAGCUUACGUAUUUAUCCCUCAUGAAUAACAACUUCACAGGUGUAAUUCCCCGAGAGAUUGGCAAACUGCAUGGUUUGAAGGUUCUCAUGUUAGGGUGUAACAACUUGACAGCUCUGUAUGGCAACAAUUUAACAAGUGAUCCUACAUCUAUGGAGCUGAGCUUCAUCACUUCAUUGACAAAAUGCAAAAAUUUGGUUUAUUUAGACCUGGGUCGAAACCCCUUAAAGGGACUUCUUCCAGCUUCCGUUGGGAAUCUCUCUGCUUCGUUAGAGAUGUUGAUAUUACAUUCAUGUGAAAUCAAGGGCACCAUACCAAGUCAAACUAGCAACUUGACCAAUUUGCUAUUGCUUGAUCUACAAUCGAAUCACUUGACCGGAGGUAUUCCAACAGCGUUCAAAAAUCUACAAAACCUGCAAGGUUUGGCUGUGGGAGAUAAUAAUCUUAACGGCACCUUAGAUAGCCUUUGCAAUUUGCGUAGCUUGACUUUAAUAGGUCUGGCCACAAACCAGUUUUCUGGGUCUUUACCAGAAUGCUUCGGUAAUAUGACUUCUCUUCGGGAUCUUACACUAGGAAACAACUUUUUAGUUUCUGCCACACCUAAUAGUUUUUGGAAACUCAAAGAUCUCUUGCAGUUGAACUUAUCCUCAAACUCCCUAAAUGGUUCCUUGCCCCUUGAACUUGGAACUCUGAAAGCUGUAACAUUUAUAGACGUAUUAGCGAAUCAAUUCUCUGGUGACAUUCCCAGAACAACAGGUGAUUUGCAAAACCUGUUGAUUUUAAAUUUAUCCCAAAACCAAUUUCAUGGAUCUAUCCCAGAGUCAUUCGGCAAGAUGCUCAGCUUGCAAGGACUUUACUUAUCGCACAACAAUCUUUCUGGCUUCAUACCAAAGUCAAUGGAGGCACUUCGGGACCUCCAAGAGCUUGACGUUUCUUAUAACCAUUUAAGUGGUGAAAUUCCUUCUGGUGGUCGCUUUAGGAACUUUACCACUGAAUCUUUUCUCUUCAAUGAUGCAUUGUGCAGAGAUUCCAGGUUUCAUGUGCCGCCUUGCCCAAUAACUAAUUCAAUUCACAGGUCAAGAACCAAAAAGGUGCUUCUAUAUGUAUUUGCUCCUCUGGGAAUCGUUUCUGUGGUUGUCGCAGCCUUAGCAAUUGUCUUCAGAAGAUAUUGGAAGAAUUAUCGGGAUUCUAAAGGAACAAACAUGGUAUUAGUGCCAACGCAAGAAAGAGUUUCGUACUAUGAUCUUCUUCGAGCAACUGGUGGGUACAGUGAAAGCAAUGUGCUUGGCAUUGGGAGUUUUGGAUCUGUUUACAAGGGGAUUCUCAAUAAUGGAAGGUCUAUUGCUGUAAAGGUUUUCAAUUUGGAACUGGAAGGAGUGCUCAAGAGCUUUGAUGUAGAGUGUGAAGUCCUGAAGAACCAUCGCCAUCGAAAUCUUUUGAAGGUCAUCAGCGGUUAUUGGAACCAGGAUUUUAGGGCCUUGGUGCUUGAAUACAUGUGCAAUGGAAGCCUUGAGAAGCGGCUGCAUUCUGACAACUAUUUCUUGGAUACUCUACAGAGAUUGAAUAUAAUGAUAGAUGUGGCAAGUGCAGUGCAAUAUCUCCACGAAGAAUAUUUGACGCCUGUGAUUCACUGUGAUUUGAAGCCCAGUAAUGUCUUACUUGAUGAGGAUAUGGUUGCCCACGUCAGCGACUUUGGUAUUGCAAAAAUGCUGGAAAAGGAUGAAAGCUUUGCAUGGACCAAGACCUUAGCUACAAUUGGCUACAUUGCUCCAGAGUAUGGAUCUGAGGGUUUGAUAUCAGCAAAAUGCGAUGUUUAUAGCUAUGGAAUCAUGCUGAUGGAAGUUUUUUCAAGAAGAAAGCCUAACGAUGAAAUGUUUGUGGGAAAUUUGAACUUGAAGAGUUGGAUAAAUGAUUCUCUGCCUGAUUCGAUUCUUCAAGUUAUUGAUGCUAAGUUGUUGAAGCAUGAGGAUGAAAAUUUCACUGAGAAGUUGGAGUGUUUUUCAUCCAUCAUGGAAUUGGCCUUAAAAUGUGUUCGUGAAUCUCCAACUGACAGACUCAGUAUGAAAGUUGUUCUUGAAACAGUGAAGAAGAUCAAACUCAAAUUCUUGCGGACCCCUUGGAAACCAAUACGAGAUGGGACAGCAAAUGAUAGACACAGGAUUCUGACUGGUGGACCGUGGAUAGUGGACAACCAAGUGCUGGUGCUAAGCGAGUGGUAUGAAGGGAUUGAGGAGGAUGCUGAGGCGUUCAGGUCAGUUCCCUUAUGGGUACAGGUAUGCAAUUUGCCAAUCCAUUGGAUGUCAAAGGAAGCUGGGAGAAGGCUUGGUUCAAACUUUCAGUCGGUAAGAGAGGUAAUUGUCCCUCAAACUGGUGGGAAAGAAGGAAGACACCUGAAACUUUUGGUGGUGGCAGACAUCUCACAGCCACUACUGCGAGGUACCAUUGUCAAGGUGGGUGAACAAACUAAAUGGGCUAGUUUCAAAUAUGAGAGGUGCCCGGAUUUUUGUUAUAAGUGUGGUAUCAUUGGACACAGUAAGAGAAAUUGUCAGAGGCAAGAUGACAAGGGGGUGGGGAAAAAGGAUAACCAAUAUGGCCCUUGGCUAAGGAUAGGCAAUGUGAGGAGUUCCCAGCACAAGCAACAAGUUGGUACGGUGUACAACCCCCAAAAACAUCACUGGAGACUUCAAGAUGGGGAGUGGAGGGAGCAAAGGCAAUCAGAGGGCCUAGAAAAAGCCUUGGAAUCUCAACUUGACAAUGAAAGUGGUCUAGCUAGGAAGCUUGUGGCUGAUACGGGGUUGGUGACAAGCAGUGGCAGGGGCCAGGAUGGCCAGGGGAGUGGUUCGAUAGGAGAUGUGAGAGUACACUCAGAGAAGCUUAAUGAAUCUGGUAGCAAAGUGGGUUCGGAGUUAACGGAAAUUCUACACAUAGGACAAUCAAAGGGGGUAAUCUCGAACCCAAAUUGCCGAGCUCAGAUGCAGGGAUAUCUCAACCAGAAGAACAGCUCUCAGUCAAACCAGCCUCUGAAGGUCCAAUGA